AAUUUAUUGUUAAUACUAACAACUCAUAUAUGUGGUUAAAUUAAUUUAUAAAUAUAUAUUGUUCUACUGCAGAUGGAGAACUCUUUGUUGGAACCAGAAGAGUAGUAAAAACCAUGGAUGAUGCCAGGAAGCUAUUUCAUGAGUUUCAUUCAUCUCCAAUUGGAGGACACACUGGCACACACAAAACGCUAAAUGCAGUGUGUUCCAGAUUUUACUGGUUUGGUAUGACAGUUGACAUUAAAACAUGGAUUCUGGAAUGUGACCAGUGUCAAAAAGUUCGGAAACCACUGACUGCUGUGCAACCGUUGCAGUGUAUUCAGGUGUCUGAAGUGUGGGAACUUAUUGGUAUAGAUCUUACUGGACCUCUUCCUAAAAUGUCAAGCGGCUUCCAGUAUAUACUUACUGCAACUGACUACUUUUCAAAAUGGGUUGAAGCUUUCCCAUUAAAAACGAAAUCUGCAUCUGAGGUAGCCAAUGAGAUGAAAAGACCAAUGACAACAUAAAAAGAGCCCUCCGAAAACUGGUGAAUGACCAGCAGAAUAACUGGGAUCUGUAUCUAGAUCCCACCCUGUUUUCACUGCGGUCAAAAGUACACACCACAACAAAAUACUCACCUUUUUUUCUGAUGUAUGGAAGAGAGGCAGUAUUUCCAUCAGAAGUGCCUGCUCAAGUGCCGAUUUCCAACAUCAUUCUGCCAGACGACAAAAGGUACAGUGACUAUGUACAGUCUGAAAGUGAAGCACAACAUGCAGUUAAAGAAACUGCACAAGAAAACAUUGCGAAGUCACAAGACAAGCAAAAGGUUGCAUACGCCAAGCGGGUCCUGAAAAAGUACAAAAAUGUUGUGUACAAUGUAGGGGAUCAAAUUCUGCUUCUAAAUAUGAGGAAACGUGGGCGAAAAGGAGGAAGACUUGAACCAGAUUUUUCAGGUCCCUAAACAAUUGAUGACAUCAGUGGAAAAUGUGUUAGACUGAAAAACGCUGAGGGAAAUACUUUAAAAAGUCUAUACAGUAUUGACCACAUUAAACCUUAUAGAACAAGCCACCCUGUCCAAGUCUCAACUCCAACUGAACCUGUUGAGAGUAGCCCAUCUUCUGAGAUGCAGCCUUGCAGUCCUCAGCAUCAUCCUGAAGCGCUGCAAAAUAACAGACCCUCUGUCAUACAGUUUGCACCAAAAAUAGCUCAGGUAAAAUCAGUCCAAGCACCAGAAGAGCUUGUACCAGUGACCCCCCAGAAACCCAGCACGCAAGAAAAAGUGAAGUGGCUUUGGGCUGCAAAAGACACCGGGCGUGUGGAGGCAGUCGUUGGGCCAUACAAAUUGUAUGACUCUUCUUUUCGCACACUGGAGGACAGUGGGUGGCUUUCUGAUGAGGUCAUUGAUGGAUACCUGCACUGCCUCAUUAGGAAACAAAAGGAACCCGUGUAUCAGUUGUCUUGCGUUGUUGCAACCUCUCUGUUUUCUGGGAAGUUUAAAUGUGUCACCAAGAUGUUGUUUCCAGCUGAGGACAUUUGGUUGUGCCCACUGAACUUCGGUGCACACUGGAUCCUUGUGGUUGUCAAAAUCUCCUCACGAUCUGUACUGCUGUUAGACCCUCUUGGAAAUGAAGGUUGUUAUGAAAGGAAAAUUAUGCGUAACUGGAGGAAUUUUCUGAAGAUGAAAGGAAAGGAAGAGUCCCGAGUGGAUUGGAAAAUGGAGACUCUGCCACACAACAAGCAGAUGGACUCCAGCAGUUGUGGAGUUUUAGUGUUGAAGUUUGCCGAACACUACCUUAUGAGUGGAGAGGUUACUAGGGUGCUGUCCACUCCAGAAGCCAUUGGGCUGCAACGCACAGAAAUUGCUUGCGAACUACAUGACUCAAAGUAA